AUGUACAUUCCAAACGUCACUAAAAAUUACAUACAUAUUCCUUGUCAUUUGACAACUCUAAAAUUAACUUGGAAAGAAGCCGUCCUCGUAAAUACGCGUAAAGAAAACGAGAAGGAAAAGGACGAAAAGAAAUUAAAGAAUAAGGAACCCUAUUCGAAAAAUCAAGAAUCCGAAGCAAGUAAAACCAAUUCGGAUCGAGGGUUCCAAGAGUGUGAAGAACAACUUACGA